ACUAUGCUUGAUAUAUCUCGGCACCAUGGGUUUCUUCUCACAGUCAUUCGACCCAGUCACUGACCUACCAGACUUGUCUGGUAAAGUCAUACCUAUUAGUACAGGCGGAAAGCACGCAGGUAUCGGCUACUCAACUGUGAAGCACCUGGCACGUCGUGGUUCUAAGGUGUACAUGGCCGCACGCAACCAAAACCUAUUCCCCGUUCAAUCUUAGAUCUAGAUGACCCGCUCAUAUGAGAAGACCGUCUCUCCCUUUCCUCAUCCGAAGUUAGAGGGCAUCCAUUUCAAAGUUUCAUUUGUAAAUAGCGCUCAGUUCCUUUUUUAGUUGACGGUGACACUGGUAACUAG